AUGAUAUCGACAGAGUUUGGGGAACGUCGCCUCUCAAGUUGGGCGUCAUUGACGGCUCGCUGCAAGUCUGCCCAAGCGGCGAGCACCUACUUCCGCCGCGAGUGUCCUUGGUUCGGCUGCAUGAAUGAGAUGCUCUCCGGCCCAAGCUGGUCGGCAGAUUUCGAUUGUUUCGCCCCAGACGCCCCAGGACGGCAACCCUAUCGCUGUGGGAUCGCGCAUACGACGCCCUCAAAAAAGGAUCGUCUGUUGGUGGAGGAGUAUGAGGGGCUCCUAUCAAUCGAGCUCUCGGCGUCGAAUACGUGGUCCCGCCUGCAUACUGAAUACGGAGGCGAACCCUCUGCCUACGGCGGCACACCACGCGGAGACGACGAAUACAUGUACUCGAUAAUACACGAUUCCAACCCCGCCGCCCGGCAAGCUCAGAUGAUCGCAAUAGCAGAGGACGUUCUAGCCCGACUGGAAGAGAAGGCAACCCAAUACCUCAUCUUCGAACAGACCUACGUACUCAAGGACCAGAUCACGCAAGCCGCAAAGGCGGUGGGGCAGCUCAAAGGGAUAACUGGGGAGGCCGUUUCCCCAUGCUUCCGUCGCCUGGGGAGGCAUCUGUGUCGUCAUCCUGCUGCUGAUAAACCCAAGUACCGAGGCCCUACGUUCAAAUCCUCGGAGAAAACCAGUUUGAUGCCGUCAGCAAGCACGUGGGCCAUGUCAUAA